AUGCCGUUACGCAUACACACGCGCUCCUUUUCCGUGCUCAGUCGCCCAAAGCCAAACUACCCUGGCCAUGUGCCCUUGACCGUCGUCGAGCGAUGCGGCCUGGCCGUCGGCUCUGCCCUUGGCUCCAUGCUCGACCACCACCGCCACGACCUGGUUGCUGCUCUGGGCGAGGCAACAUGCAAGCCCUACUUCAUUACCCGCUUGCGACAGAGCAUGCUGUCGCAUCCCACUGGCCGCCGUAUCCUCCGUGACCGUCCCCGCAUCUCCAGCCAGACCAUGUCGCUCGAACAUCUACGUACCCUGCCAGACAAUUCGGUCCGCUACAUUGAUGACCCAGAGGAGGCCUAUGUCAUGCAGCGCUACCGCGAAUCCCACGACUUUUACCACGCUCUCACUGGCUUGCCCGUCUUUGCAGAGGGCGAGAUUGCUCUCAAGGCCUUUGAGUUUGCAAAUACUCUUUUGCCCAUGACUGCCCUUUCCAUGGCUGCCAUCGUCAAGCUCAAGCCUGCUGCUCGCCGCCGCUUCUGGUCCACAUAUCUACCUUGGGCUGUGUCCAAUGGUUUGCGCGCUGAAGACGUCAUCAACAUCUAUUGGGAAGAAGUCCUUGAAAAGGAUUGCGAUCAAUUGAGACAAGAGCUGGGUAUCGAGAAGCCUCCAGAUCUUCGCGAACAGAGAAAGAUGAUGAGGGACCAGAAAAAGGCCCAGAAGGCUGCUAGCGAAGCUCGUCAAACUGUUGGUCAAGGUAUCAUGUCGAAUUAA